CGUGGACAGUUGACGGUCGAACGAGACUUGAAGGUUCUGCACUGGAUUGAACAACCGUAAUAUGGUUGACCUGGUUCUCACCUAUUUCAUGUUGGAAGUGGAGGAAGAUCCGGAAAUGGGAAGCGGAGCCAGCGCAGAAGACAAGGAGUCGGCUAAAAGGUCAAAGGAAUUGGAGAAGAAGCUUCAGGAGGACGCUGAGAAAGAUGCCAGAACUGUGAAGCUACUACUUCUAGGUGCUGGUGAAUCAGGAAAGAGCACCAUUGUCAAGCAAAUGAAGAUCAUCCAUCAGAACGGUUACUCGAAGGAAGAAUGUUUAGAAUUCGUAUCCAUCAUUAAUGGUAAUAUCCUGCAAUCUAUCCUGGCCAUCGUCAAAGCCAUGUCUGUCUUUGGGAUUAAUCACGGAGAAUCAGCUUGCGCGGAUGCUGGCAGACAGCUGUUUAACCUGGCAGACUCCAUCGAUGAAGGCUCCAUGCCCAAGCAGUUGGUGGAUGUCAUAAAGAUGCUGUGGGCUGAUUCGGGAGUUCAGGCCUGCUUUGAAAGGGCAGCCGAAUACCAGCUCAACGACUCGGCUUCAUACUACCUGAACAACCUGGAGAGGAUCACAAGUGCCGGCUUUAUCCCAAAUGAGCAAGACGUGUUGAGGUCGAGGGUGAAGACCACAGGUAUCAUUGAGGAACAGUUCUCCUGUCAGGAUCUACACUUCAGAAUGUUUGAUGUCGGUGGCCAGAGAUCUGAGCGAAAGAAAUGGAUCCACUGUUUCGAAGGGGUGACCUGCAUUAUAUUCUGUGGGGCGCUCAGUGCCUACGACAUGGUGCUGGUGGAAGAUGAUGAUGUGAACCGAAUGCACGAGAGUCUCCACCUGUUCAACAGUAUUUGUAACCACAGAUACUUUGCAGCCACCUCCAUUGUACUCUUUCUGAACAAAAAGGACCUCUUCGAAGAAAAGAUCAAAAAAGUUCACCUGAGUAUCUGCUUCCCGGAUUACGACGGUCCCAACACAUACGAAGAUGCCGGCAACUACAUCAAGCUGCAGUUCCUUGAACUCAACAUGCGAAAAGAUGUGAAAGAAAUCUACGCACACAUGACAUGCGCCACAGACACAAAAAACGUGAAGUUUGUGUUUGACGCUGUGACAGACAUCAUCAUUAAAGAGAACCUUAAGGAAUGUGGUCUUUUUUAAAAACGCUCUUUCGUCUGUCUCAGGAGACCUCCGACAUCCUUCUUUCAACAGAUUUCUCAGGGGACGAUGCACCUAAAAUCUUCAAUCGACUCUGCCCUUAGGCGACCACAGUUAAAUCUCAGCAGCAAAAACGAGCAAGUCAAAACACUAGCAAACACUGACUGGAAGGAGUAACAGAGGCAGAACCAGAAAACUCGACUCCACAUUUCAAUCCGGAAUACGUAAAAUCUACUUCGAACAAGUCUGGGCACCUUACGCUCUGAAAAUAGUGCGGUGUUCACAAUGUUCACGUCGACAAAUUUUAUGCUUACAGAAUGCGGAAGCAACUGGUAACGAUCUUUGCAUUUGGGACAGCGCCUUUUCACAUUUGGACGUCAAAGGGUUUUCGCAGCAUUUACCGCGAAGUGUAGUGGCUGCGCACGUUGUAGGCGAAGUGCAGACAGCUAAGAACUGUUCUCUUAAAAUGUUUUAAAUAGUUAAGCUUCAAGGUAACAUUGGAAAAGUCCCCAAGUUAUCAUCUGUCAUCUUUCUCCUAAACUAGAGCGCUAGUAGCCACAAAAACUCAAAUAGAAUUUGGCAAUAUUUCAAAACUGAUGUUACAACAAUAAUCCUCGUACGAGCAACAUUUAACAACGCGAACCUUAGACACCGUUCAACUUUGAACACUGCACCCAGUUGCUGGCAUAGGGUUGAGCUCUCCAGAAACGUAAUCAAUUCAAAUUUGGUCAAAAUUCAGCACUGAACGAUACACAUCUGACUCUCAUUUCAUUGUUUCUUGGGCCAGCUUGAAUUCACUGUAACCUUAGGAAGGUUCAAUAGUUCUAAAAAAAAAUAAACCCAGAGCUUUCCUACAAAAUACUGCAUCGCCCGAAAUUAAAGGCAGGAUAUCUGAUACGACCGUUCUUGGAACUAUUCAGUGUGGCAUUACCAUCUUGGAAUCCAUGCCUUCUGUUCUUGCUGAUUAUUUCUUGUUGCCACCCUUUCUUCCUAUGUACACACCCAAUUAUUUGAAAGGAUAUUAGAAGGUGGUGCCAUGAAUGUCACGUCCGGCUGUAUGUGGUUGGUUUGCAGCUGUGCCGUGCGGGUCAUAAAGCACCUAAGGUGACACAGAAUCUCAAAUAUUUCGGGCACAAUUUUACUUCAACCGAAUUAGUGCUUAAUUGCCGAUUCUUCUCUUAAAAAAAUCUAGAAUGUGAAUGUGUUUUGUAAAUAAAGUAGGUGGUUUUCCCUCCACGGCGGCAGAUGUUCUAACUAUUUUAAGGUUAAUCUUUUAGUUCCAAUAAAGAAUGAUUAUACCCUUA